AUGGCGACAGGUUCCGGUUGGAGUGUGGUGGUGUCAUCAGCCACAGCUGUCAUCUAUUACCCUCAUCAGCGGAGCAUACUUAAGGAGUUGACCGCCAGUCCAGCGUCGCCUGAGUGUUUGCCAGUCACGGUACCUCUGAGCCCCCUUGAGCCCUGUCUCUGUGUUCCUCGUUGCCUUGAGCCUUCCAGUGAUUCUCUUUGUGCUCCUCUGUUGCCUUCAGGUGAUCCCUUUGACACUCUGGACCCGUGGACCAGAGCCUGGCAGCUUUCCUGGUUUCAGAACCUCCCUCGUGACGCCGUGGAAGAUACCCACUGGUUGCCCGAGUUCCCAGACUCACCUCUCCGUUGUUUUGCAAGUAUCUCCUGGAUCCCACGGCUGGCGGUCGAACCACUCCGCUGUGUCUCCGUUGCACCCGAGCCUAUGUCCGUUCUCCGCCGCACUCCUCCGUUUGUUCCUGGACCCACUAAGAGACCGAGACCCUGGACAUACUCAGUAACCCUCCAAGAUUCAGAUCCAGCCACCACCAAUGAACCACUGCUGCCCGUUACAGUUGAUUCCCUGGACCAGACCACCUUCCCACACUCUGAUAAUUGUGUACCUAAAUAAAUCAUUUAAACUGA